AUGAACAAGACAGAAAAGUACAGUUCUCCUGACGUGCAUGAGAGGGGUCCACUUAUAAAAUCGCUCCUGCUGGCUGGACCCAAAGGUGUGGGCAAGACCCUGCUGGUGCAUGCAAUCUGCAACGAAACAGGAGCUAACCUUUUCGACCUGACUGCUAGUAAUAUCGCCGGUCGAUAUCCUGGCAAGGACGGUCUCAAAAUGAUGAUUCAUAUGGUCUUCAAGGUUGCCAGCUUGCUUCAGCCCUCUGUCAUUCUGGUGGACAAUUGUGAGAAAAUGUUUUCGAACAAGGUGCCCAAAAAUGACCCGACCGAUCCGAAGCGUUUGAAGGGAGCUCUGAAGGCCGCAUUGAAACUCAUAACGCCUGAUACUCGAGUCAUGCUUAUUGGCUGUUCCAGCGCCCCAUUUGAAGCUACGAUAAAGCCCUUCUGUGGACUGUACGAAAGAGUCAUCUUGAUCCCCCGUCCGGACUAUGCAUCUCGAUACUUGAUUUGGCAGGUUCUCAUUCCAAAGUACCAAGGCGAGAUAACGGAGAAACUGGACCUUUCUUCAUUGGCCAAAAUUUCUGACGGUUACACCAUGGGAAUGAUGGCUAAGGCUUGCCAAGAGACAUGGUAUCGAAAAACGCCGAUGGGGAAGAAACGCAUCAAGGCCAUCCAAGAAGCAGCCGAGGCGGCGGCAAAUGCAAGCAAGAAAAAGGGCAAGAAGAAGUAG